AUGCUUAUUAGUCACAAGCAGCAAGCAGACCAGACAUUAAGUAUCACCUUUGGGUCACUUCUAGAGGCUACUGAGAGACCAGAAGAAAUCAGACUAGAGUCCAGAUACCUAGAGUCCAGAACAAGCCACAAUCCAAAGCCUCCCUUCCUUACCACUGGGCAAAUCACACCAGAAGCCCUGCACACUUGGGAGAUGAGUUGCAUGCAAUGUUUCUUACACAAGAAGGUGAAAGACAAUGAGAAGGAUUUGAUAAUCCAAGACUGGUACCUCAACAACCAAGAGGAGUUCAAUGCCCUUUCAUUCAAGGAGCAUAUUGUUGAGCACCCAUUCAAUGAAUGGGCAGUGGAUAUUCAAAGCCAGAAUAUACUCUUGCAAGAGACUACCUCACACCUCAACAACAUCAACCUCUUAUAUUACCUUGAGUCCCAUAUGAACCCUGAGCUUGCUACGGACUACCAUGUGGAGGGUAUAACCGAGAUCAAUUUAAGGAGAUGGAUUGAAAAAGCAGAAGAAUGUCUUUCUGAACACUCAAAUGAAGAUGAACACAACUCAAACAACAAAACCUUUGUUCGCCUGCCCUCUCUCUCAGAAAAUGAACGACAGCUGCUUCACGAUAACAAUGGGUACUUCAAGCAUUGUGAACCAUUCACCAGUCAUACAUCAAGUGUUUGCCUAAAGGGAUUCCCAGAUGGCAUGAGCCACAAAAUAUUGAUGUCGGCUACAAUUACUGCUAGGAAGUUUAAGAAGGAUGACAAGGUGGUUGCCUCAGUAGGAGUCAAUAAGGUAAUGGAGAGCACGGUUGCUGUCAUGAUGCCUUCUGUAGCCUUGGGCAAUGAUACUGACUCAGGUGAAGAAUCCUCUCUAGUUCUGAUUGGUGAAGAACUCGUCGAAGAACUCGUCGCAUAA